GUCUGCAGCGUAGCUUGUGCACACACCCCCACAAGCGCCGCGUUGGGGUAUGCAUGGCGGGUUAAACAAGGCACGUGAGGGCCGCAGCCUGGCUGGGAGCAACUCUCUUCACCCUCGCUGCUCUCGCAAGCGCGAUUCCUGGGCGCUCUGCACGCAAAUCACACGACAUCGCGCUUCAUCACCACCAUCAGCUUCUUCCGACCCACCAGCUGCUGUUGUUGCCGACCCAGCAAGCUAGCAUGGGCUCCGACUACGAGGAAGAGGAAGACGAAGACGAGGACGACUAUACAAAUGAAGUCUACAGGGCGCCCUAUGCUGCGGACACACACAACACCGGCAGGACCACGCAGGGCUCUGCUCUCCAUCAAGCACAGCAGCAGCAGCAGCAGCAAGCAUCACCAGCCGCACAGCAACAGCAGCCGCAGCAGCAGCAGCAGCCGUCUCCCGUUGGUGCGGAUCCGAGCGUGUGUCGGGCUAUCAUCGAGCGCGGUCAAAACAAGGGAAAACGGUGUGGCAAAGCCGCUGGCGGACGCGUGCUGGGUCUGUGUGGUCAUCACGACGGCACGAGGAAGCGGCUGAAGGCUGCUGGCACCACAGCAGCAGGCACCACAGCAGCAGCAGGACUGGAGGUGGGCGCUGGGGUAGAUGACCAGGCCAACUUCGGCUCGGACGACGAAUUGGGAGGCGGCGUUGACGAGUUGCAAACUGCGGGCGCGGACGCCCAACAGAGCAAGCUGCAACACUCACACUACCAGAGGGCGUCGGUAAUCGAGGAUCAAGGGUUCCGGGAAGCGUACGAGAGUGUUUGGCACCUGAAGAAGAAGGCCACCUCCAAGAAGCGCAAGAAGAGGAUGCACAAGCACACGGGCGGCGACAAGUUUCAGCUAGCUCCGUCCCUCAUCGCUCGACUCCCGAAGCUCAACCGCACCGACCUCAACGUGUUGCGGAACUUCAUCGAUGGAAAGGACAAGUCGCUCCCGUUCAAGUUUUUCGAAGAGGCGUUUCCCCCGGCAUGCCAAGACAUCAUCCUGACGAAGACCAACAAGUACGUCAACUUCUGUGCCGAAGAGACCAACCCGUCCCCGCUUCAGCAGCCCCGGCAUCGAAAGAAGAAGACCAGGACGGGGUUGUCGUACGGGUCUUCGGAGGACCGUCCUGACGGAUCCAAAGUCUACGGGUUUCACCGGAAGCACGUGUACGGAGUGAUGGGCAUCCUUAUCUCUGCGGGGAUUACCCAGAAGCGUAGGCUGACGGACCACUGGGGAGUAGGGGACCACGACAACUACCGUAUGUCCGAAAGUGCAUGCCUCGCGACCUCUUCACGCUCUUCUACUGCCGGUUCUUCCACAUGGCUCCAGUCAUCGAGGCUCUCUCCAAGACGCAUCCAGAGUACGAUUCCAAGCAUCACAUCAGGGCGCGUCCGUAUCAUAUUGUGUGAGUAG